AUGGCUAUUUUAAAGCAAGAUCGUCGAGGCAAACACGAGAACCAUGCUCAUCUUGAUCCUUUGGUAAAAAAUAGCAUAAGAAAACACUUAGAUUCUAUCCCGAAAGUUGAUAGUCAGUACUGCAGAGCCAAGCGAACAUACAUUGAAGGCGGCAAGACUGUAGCUGAUUUACAUAUAGACUAUGUUGCUGAAUGUAAAAGUAAAGGUUUACCUUUUGGUAAUUAUCUAGCAUAUUACAAUAUAUUUUGUACCGAAUACAAUAUGGCAUUCUUCAAACCCAAAAAAGACCAAUGCGAAACCUGUACAAAUUAUACUAAUGCAACUGAAGAAGACAAACAAAUUAUGAAACAUGAUUAUGAACUUCACCUAAAGGAAAAACAACUAGCUAGGGAUCAAAAAGAUGAGGACAAAAACUAUACUCCAGACAAUUGUAUAGUAUCCGUUUUUGAUCUACAAGCUGCAAUGCCUUGUCCUAAAGGUGAUACGUCGACAUUUUAUUACCUAUCCAAGUUGAACUGCUAUAAUUUUACUAUUUAUGAUAUUAAAACCAAAGAUGUGAACUGUUACGUAUGGCACGAAGGCGAAGCUAAACGUGGAGCUAUUGAAAUUGGUACCUGUGUACUAAAAUACAUUAAAAACCUGGAAGAGACUGCCAAAAAACCACAAAAUUGA